ACACAACAAAAAUGGAGUAUUUCAACAAAUCAAAGGCCAUAAAGCUACGAAGCCAUUUAGGAAAGUAUCUAGUAGCAGACGAAGAAAACACUAACCUCCGACAAAGCCGAAACGGAACAACAAAAAAAUCACUAUGGUUAAUCGAAAUCGACAAAACAAAACCAAACCUCGUACGUCUGAGAUCACACCACGGCCGUUACUUAACCGCAACAGACACACCUUUCCUCCUCGGCAUGACCGGAAAUAAAGUGGUUCAAGCUGAUUACGACGCAGGUUUAAGCUGGAAAUAUGAAUGGGAACCAAUAAAAGAAGGAAUGAGCAGCGUGAAAUUGAAGAGUUGGUGUGGGAAGUUUUUGAGAGGUAAUGGUGGAACACCACCGUGGAGAAAUUCUGUUACACAUGAUGAUCCUAGCUCUGCUACAUAUAAUUGGAUUCUUUGGGGUGUCGAGUUUGUGGAGUUAUCAUUGCAUAAUAAUCAGAAUAAUGAAUUGUUCAAUCAAACUAGUUUUGCUUCAAAUUCUUCGUUUGAUUCUUGUGAAGAUAUUCAUGAUUCUCAAUCGGUUUCUACUACUUCUAUCAACAAGACUUGGUCUUUGUCAAAGACUCGCCACAAUUCUAAAUUGCAGAAAAGUUGGAACAAGAAGUCAACAGCUUCAGGUGAUUCAUCAAUGGAACUUUUCCAAAGAGCAAAAGCAGUUAGACUGAGAAGCCACCACGACAAGUAUCUACACGCAGAAGAAGACGAAGAAUCAAUCAACCAAGACAGAAACGGAUCAUCAAAAAACGCUAAAUGGACAGUCGAACACAUCCCUGAAUACGAUAACAUCAUCCGUCUUAAAAGUUGUUACGGAAAAUACUUAACAGCAUCAAAUCAGCCUUUACUUCUCGGCGUCACUGGUCGAAAAGUCGUUCAAACUUUGCCAAGGAGACUUGAUUCGUCUGUUGAAUGGGAGCCUGUUAGAGAUGGUGCUCAGGUUAAGCUGAAAACUAGAUAUGGUAAUUUUCUUAGAGCUAAUGGUGGAUUACCACCUUGGAGAAAUUCUGUUACUCAUGAUAUUCCUCAUAGAAGUUCCACUCAGGAUUGGAUUCUUUGGGAUGUUGAUGUUCUUGAGAUUCAUGUUGGAAAUCCUCCUCCUCCUCCUAUUCCUCAUUCUGAUUCUCUUGAUUUUGGAUCUUCUACUUCUUUCAAAUCUGAUCGCUUUGCUAGACAAGAGUCAACAGAUAGUGUUGGUUCGCCGCCGAAGAUGGAGGGGAGAACUAUAUACUACCAUGUUGCUGAGGAUAAUGGAGAUGUGGAUGAUGAGAACGUGCAGGGCUAUUCCUUGGUCUUCAAUGGGAAUGAUGUUGAGCAGUUGACUCGUAAGUUUUCGGAAGAGACGGGACUUGAUGGAGUUAUUGUGUGUAGUCGAAGUCCUUUGAAUGGAAAACUUUACCCACUUCGUUUGCAUCUUCCUCCAAACAAUGUUACCAUGCAGGUUGUUUUGGUCCUUCCCAACUCAAAAGCUGCAAAAGAAUUUGAAGAACAAGGUUUACUGUGACAAGCUAGAUCAAGUGCAAGGCAAAUGUACAUUGUGACCCAACUGGGUUUGAAAUUCUAUUUUAUAACAUUUAAUUUAAAAUUAUGCUGCAAAACUGUUCUUUACUCGAGCGAGUCUAUUGUAGAUGGUAGUCUUUGUUAUUGGCGACCUCUAUAUUGUUAAUGCUAGCCUUUGAUUCAGGUACUUUGUUGAUACUAUAUUCUUUUGUUGUAACUUGUAACUUCAUGUAAUUCAUUGUAUUUUUUUAGAUGUAUCUCUUGUAUGAAGAUCUUUUAUCAGAAGCUACAUUCAUGUAUUUUUUCAGGCAGAUAUAAAUGUCAGAAAUUAGAAACAUUUUUUUUAUCCGA